UCAUCGCUCGUGUAUAUAACGGGUAAUCGAAGAGAAGGGAAACCCAAGUUGCGGCCAAGUACCUGCCUAACGCGAAAUGCGAAUGUGAAGCUAGUAGCUCUCGAGCAUUCGCGCGCGUCGGAACCGGAAAUCAAACCGGUUGAUUGAAACAAACCCGUUCCCGGAAAAUAAAAACUUGUUCGUCAAUAUUGACGCAAUCGAAAAGGUGGCGAUGAUCGAUAGUGUCGUGGACCAGUGCACGAUGCAACCUACCGGAAGUUAGCACGUGUGAGAAAUUAUUUUUGCAGAGUGAAAAAACAAGGUGGAUAUCAGGCGCCACGUGAAUCUAGCAUCAUCGAAGUGGCGGCCGCACAAAGCACCGAUAUGAAAGGAUCUAAGAGAGACUGGAUUUUUAGAGUCCAGGUGCCCAACCUGGAAAAAAAUGAAGUUGUUUAUGUGGUUGGAAAUCUACCUGAAUUGGGUGCUUGGAAUCACAACCAGGCUGUCCUAAUGUCACAGGAGCAUAGUAGUCGCAGAGAGUCCCCUACAUUGUUUGACAAUAAUUGCAGUGGGGAUUUUUAUAACGAUGAUGGGUGUGAAAGCAAUGCAGCUGACAGCAUAUUUGUUGGCGAAAAAGAAGAAGGCCGAAUAUUCUCGCAAACGGUUGCUCUUCCCGUCGACGCUAAUAUCGAAUUCCGAUAUUUUAUAGCUGUCAUCUGUCAAUCAAAUGGCACUAAAAACUCAGCUAAAACUCUGAUUAUCCGCAGAUGGGAAACUCAUAUGACACCAAGGUUAAUUAGAAAAAAUACAUCAAGCAAUUUUGAUAAUGACAUAUUGCCAGAGCCUGAUAAAUUUGGCUAUCACAAUAAUUAUUACAAAAUUGAACGAGGCUGGUUAACAGAUGAAACUGUGAUACAAUUUAAACUAUUUAACAAUCCUAUUAAACUCUGGAAAAAUCGGCUUCAAAAUAGAAAAGUUCAUAUUAAGAUGACACCUGUAAAUCUAGUUAGACACAAUUCCUUAGAAUUGCAACAGUUUGGGGGCGACUGUGUAGACGAUAGUCUUUCUAUGGAUACACAAGAUAUUGUUGAUCAACCUGCCUUUACAAGUAUUACGGAAAUCGCUGUGAUGAACGAUGAAGAGGCUAGAUUCAAGUCCCAGGAGCAAUUCGGCCGUCCUUACAAUGAAGAUGAAUUUUUAAUCUUCAAUGUUGCUGUUCGGUAUCCUGAAACAAUUGCAUACUUAGUGGACUACUACGUAUACAGCUCAAGGUGUUUCCCAGGAGAACCACCAAAUCACAUUGGUUUCAGCUAUAUCCUGCCUAGUACUUUACAAUCCAGUGUCGGACUUCUCACUGUACCAAUUACUAGUACAAAACACAGACCCAUUGGACAAUUGACAGUGGAGUACGUCGUCAUAAAACCAAUUCCGGACUAUCCAUGGGACACAAGCAUUUCGUAUGCAAAACACUGGGAACAACGAUGGUCGGGUUUGGACGUAGGGCAUAGAGGACUUGGUACAUCUUUCAAGUUUGAAAUGAAGAACUGCGCUAACGUACGCGAGAAUACAAUCGCGUCUCUGAAGACUGCAUCGCAUCACGGUGCGGACAUGGUCGAAUUUGAUGUGCAAUUAUCGAAAGAUCUUAUACCUGUGAUCUAUCACGACUUUUACGUAUCCAUCUCGCUGAAACGUAAAAAGCAGAUAGAGGCUAUGGAUAUGCUGGAAAUACCCGUUAAGGAUCUUACUUUAGAGCAGCUGCAUCUACUCAAGGUUUAUCAUGUUGCUGAGGGCCGUGAGAAGAAUCCGAGAUUCUUUGAUGAGGAUUUGGAAGAUCAUCAGCCCUUUCCUACGCUGCAAACUGUACUCCAGGAAUUGGAGCUGCACAUUGGAUGCAAUAUCGAAAUUAAAUGGACUAUGCAAUUGAAGGACGGCACGUUCGAGCUUAAUCAUCCCUUUGAUCUCAACAUAUAUCUAGAUAUCAUUCUGAAGGUGGUAUUGGAAUACGGCGGCGAUCGAAAAAUCGUGUUUUCCUCGUUCAAUCCGGAUAUUUGCGCGAUGAUCCGUCUCAAGCAAAAUAAAUAUCCAGUAGUAUUUCUAACACAAGGCGUUACAUUGAAAUAUCCCACUUAUCACGAUCCGAGAUGUCAGACGAUACCGAUGGCCAUGAGACAUGCAUUAGCCGCGGACAUUCUAGGAAUUAAUGUCCAUACAGAAGAUAUUCUUCGAGAUCCAUCUCAAGUCAAGUUGGUUAAGGACGCGGGAUUAAUUAUAUUCUGUUGGGGCGAUGAUAAUAACGAUAAGGCCACUAUCCAGCAUCUGAAGAAACUCGGUUUACACGCAGUCAUAUACGAUAAAAUGGACGAAUAUAAUCCAAAAGAAGUAAAGGAAAGUAUAUUCUUGGUGGACGCUAGAGAAAGCCAAAAGGAGCUAAUAGCCUUGGCACAUUGCAGUCAAACAUCACAGACACAAAUCUCUACUCCUCUUAACACAGAGAAGGAAUAUUAUUCGGACCGACCGUCGACGACCACAUCACUCGCGAAGAACAAUAUAUUUAACGGCGAUAAUAUAUAUUCCGUACCGACCUUAGAAACCACCUGCGAAGAAAACAGAGAGAUCAAUGAGAUAACCAAGGAUUUCAGUACUUGUGCUAAUACUUUUGGCAACUCGUCGGCGAAUAUGAAAAAUGCCUCUGACCUGAUGUGUGGACAGCCGACUGCUCCACCUGAAAUUUAUGGAGAGGAUGAAACGGCAAAGGAUUGCCUUUGAUGCUUUUCCUUCAAGAAGCCCUUCUUCUCAUGGUUUUGAUAGAGAUCACAUGAUAUCACCGAGAGAAGUCUAUGCGAUACGACACAGGGAAAACUUGUUUUCUAACUUGCGCUAUAUUUGUAGUUGAUAAGCCGAAGUAUUACCAAGGAUCGUUGUUACUUUAAAGUAUAAUAUGCGAUACGCGAAGAAAAAUCAUCCAAUUUUUCUCUUACGAUGCGUAUUCCUUUAAUCGGUCCAUUUUUCUCGCGUAUUGUAUAGCGUGUGUCGGAAAAAUUUGUUUAAAAAUUUGAGAUCGUUAUUUGUUUAACGAGAAUAAUUUGGAGAUCAUAAAUAUGCUAUUUGAUUUAUGUGUCAAAAAGCCUAGAAUUCUCAAUCUAAAACACAUUCAACAAUUUCGAAAUCUUAACGAUUAAUGACAAAUGAACUUUAAAUAUAUAAUUCUUUAAGCUCUCUGUAAAAAUUAAAAAGUUCAAUUUUCUAUCGGAUUCAAAAACCGAAAUAUAAGCUUUUACAAAGAUCAUCAUGCAAAGAUUUAGAAAUUUAAGAAUCUAGCAAUUCGAAGAUCCGAAUACUUAAAAGUAUAGGAAUCUAAAAAUAUACAGUUUUAUUAAUAUAGUUUAAUUAUCAGAUUAUAUUUUCUCUAAUAUUAAAAAUCAAAUGCAAGUUUCGGCGAAAUAUGUUAGUAAUAUCCUGUAUGCAUCCCAAUACUUUGGAACAAGGAUCUUCUAAACGCUAAUGAAUCCGACGCAGGCUGUAGAAAACGAUUCUAAUCCGCGUAUCUACGCUCAUAAUAAGGAGCUGACGCGGAAUGUUUUUAGUACAAAUGUUCACAGGUAUAUGUUUUUAUUUAAAAUCGAGGAAGAAACAAAAACAUUUUCUCCUUCCGUAUCUCUUCCGCUUUAUCGCGAUUCAAAUAUUAUAAUAUGAAUCAAGAAAAAAAAAAAAUAGACAAAAAAAGUAAGUUGAUUGUACUUUACGAGAGCGCGAUACCAUUAAUUGGUACAUUUUUUACAAGCUGUUGAAUGAAAAAAAAAAAAAAACAAAGGUGAGAGCGAAUGAUCGCGCCUCACCUUUUCGAAUUGCCUUUUCGAUAACUGCAUCUGACAUUUUAAGAUCAUAAAAUACUAUUUUUCAUAGUCAGAUAGAAUAGGGAUAUUACUUCAUAUUCAUUUAUUUAUAUCGUUCAACAACGCGCUUCAUUCGAUUAGUGUGAGCACGAUCGAAGAAAAUAAAUAAAAAUUUUUCAAAAAAACACAGAUAUUUUUUAAAUUUUGUUUUCUCACAUUUUUAGUAUUGACGAGUGCUCAUUCUGAUUAGUUUUACGAGAUUGCUGCAAAUAAUCUGCGAUCUUUUAGUGAUGUAAAUCGCAUUACACAACUUGACGUUCAAGCCGACUGUUCGAGCAAUUUAUCAUGCGUAUCGAGUAUCGGACAAACUUUAAAUUUUAAUCGAAAAUAGCCUCUCGCGCUUUUAACGCACCAAGUGCGAUCGAAAGCGUCAAACGCUUAAAGCAUUCGCUUUCUAGAAACAGUUUCCCGAAUACACUAUUCUUGAAAAAAAAGGAAGAUAAUGCUAAUCCUUCAACCGAUAGCUUUUUCUAUCCGCUGAUGAUACGAACGAGCCAAGCUCAUUGCACCGUCCGCUUCAAUUUUUGAUAUUAUAAUAAUUCACAUUCUUUAUCAAAACAAAUGAAAUAUUUCACCGGGGAUAAAUGGAAAAUCAACACUUUGCGCUCGGAAUGCAUUCUUCUAACAAUCAAAUAUUAUAAUCGGAUAUAAUACCAUUGUAUGAGAUAUUUGCUUGUCACAUGACGCGAUUAAAGAUUUAUAUCAAGUUUAUAUACAUAAAUAUAUUGAUUGACUCGUAAAGAAAAUAGAAGUUGAUAAAAUUAGAUUAUUACUUUUGAAUUCUCAAACAAUGAAAUUCAAAUUGGAUUAUCGCUUGAACUUUCUCUGACAUAUUGAAAUAAAAUAAAUUAAGAAAUCUAGAUAUCAAGAAAACAUGUAUAAAUGCAUAGAGCAUUUCGCCGACUAAUUUCGCAAAGUGAAGAAAAUAUAGAUUUUUAAAAUAAUUAAAAAUAAAGAGAGAGAGAAAGAAAAUAUACUCUAAUUGUUAUAAAAAUAUUAUAGUAAUAUAUUAUACGACGAAUAUAACGUGUAUAUGUUGUACGUCUAUUAUAUACGCUGUUAUAACACUAGCUUAUAAAUUUCAUUCUUCUUUUUAGUGCCAGAAAUAGAAACAAUUUUUUUUUACGUAUUUUGGGACGCUGAAUCCAAAUCCGCAAGGCAAAAUGGCCUAUCAGGUUUUUAAGGAAAAUAGAUUUGAAAUUCUCCAAAAACUUGUUUAUCAUUCUUGAUAAUUUAUAGCAGACAAACUCACGUGCAAGAGAUUUCAAAAAGGGCUCAAAUGAAAGUUUGAACAUUAUAUUUUAUUAAUAUAAAAAUAUCGAAUCUUUUACCGCAGGUACAAUCUCAGGCGCAUUUUGUUUUUAUGUGUAGUCACACAGUGUCAAGUAGAACGAUUAUCCCCUCACAGUCUAAUUGCAGAUAAAAGAUUCGAUCUUUUUUAUAUUAAAGUACAAUGUUCAAGCUUUCAUUUGAGCCCUAUCUGAAAUCUCUUGUAAGUCGAGUUUGUCUGUUACAAAUUUUCAAAGAUGGUAAGAAACCUGUUUUUUAAAAAAUCCAACUCUAUUUUUCUCGAAAACCUGACCUGAUAAAAAAUUUUUGUUGGCAAAUUCGUGCUCAGCGUUUACAAUUACUCUAGAAACAGUGUUCAAAUGUUCUGAUGCAAAAUCUUGUAAACUAGUAUAAUUUAAUAAUAUAUAACACCUAAUGUGUUAAUUUUACACUGUAAUAAUAAUAAUAAUAAUAAUAAUAAUACAAUAUACUAUUGUAUUAUUGAGACUGGGUCGACAUUUCGCAGUGCAAAGAGUUGAUCUAUCGGUUGAGGGAAGUUCAAUAAGAGAGGUACACAUAUACGAAUAUUAUAUCUUUCUAAAAUUUUGAAUAAAAAAUGAUACGUGUGCACCCAUACAGCACAAAACAUUAGGGAUUACAUCGCCGCAACGUUCUGUGCUGUAUGGACGUGUCGUAUUGUAAGAUGAUAAAAAACUAUAUGCCGGCUAUAAAGCGAUUGUAUCAAUCGUCGAGAUAAUGUACAGUAAAUUCGUUUACGGAUAAUAGCAAAUAUACGAUCUGUGUACGUUACUGCGAAAGAUUACCCUGCUACAUUAUAUGCGGGGUUGCUUACUUUUGUCUUAUUUUUAAUUUUAUCUUAGUAUCUUAUUUUUUUCAGUUUAUCUUUUUAAAUCUAUGCAUCCAACGCGAAUGGUAUCGCAAUAAGUCGGCGGAAAAGAUUUCCGAUCAUAUAAAUCGAAAGGCUUAACUGUACGCAUGUUGAAGAAAUCCAUAGAGAAGUCGAAUAUAUAAUUAUUUUUUUAUAGAGAAAGACUGGUAAAAAAUAUGGUAAUGACUGAACAUUUAAUAAUAGUAUAACAUUAUGGUAACAUUAUAAUUUAAUAAACAUAAACAACACAAGGUUCACUUUGGAAGAAGCUCAGGAUUUAAACAUGAGGUUUAAAUCCUGAGCGUCAACAUAUCUUGAAACUACAAUAAAUUCACAGUUUUAUAUGUAGUUAAAUCUUUGCAUAAGAUAUUGUUUUAUUGAUUUUUUUUUUUUAUAUAUAAAAAUACAAGUUUUGCCUGAGAUGGAAAAGAGAAGUUAAAUAAUUAUUGUUAAGUGAGAAUCUCUCGAAUAGAAAAUCGAUCAAAUUUGAUCAAAAUUGCAAUGCACUCAAGACCGAUUUUAAAUUGACUUUCAAAAAAUACGUAAUCGAAAACUAUUUUGUGUUUUUAGCUAUACAUAUAUAAUAUUCAAUAUUAAAAAUUUAUUAUUAUAAUAUUUCAGAAGAAAUAAAAAAUCCCGUACUGAAUAACUCCACACAUUAAUAAGCAAACUUUAAAAGUAUUGCAAAGCUGACUUAUUGCGGAAAUAUUUAUACAAAAUAUUUCAGUCUCCGAAUUGUUUAAUAGUUUAACUAGUAAAUUUUGAUCAUAUAGUUAAGAUUUCACACAACAACACCUUUAUCUAUAUUACCACUUCUAUCUUAUUGUUUACGGUAAACAUCAUAUGCAAGGAUUGAGAAAAGAAGUGAAAUUAUUUAUAUUCUUGCCGAAAUAAUAAACCAUUUGUAUCACA